ACUUUCACCCUCACUGCGCGGCGCACCGACCAUGAGCUCAACUGCUCCCUGGCAGACCCGGCCUCCGGUGAGACCUACAACGCAUCCGUCCUCCUCGACGUGCAGUAUAAGCCAGAGAUCCUGCAGGCAGAUGCCCGCUACCAGGAGGUGGAGGGUGCCGGGCUCCUCCUGAUGCUCUUCGUGCUGGUACAAGCCAACCCACCAGCCAGUGUCACCUGGGUGGACCAGAACGGACGCGUGAUGGCCAACACCUCUGAGUUACUCCUCCUGGGUGCCACCCGCUACCCGGGGCUGUCCAACCACUCACUGCACGUCCACCUGGGCAGUGCAGCUGGCAACUUCUCCAUCAGUGCUGCCAACAGUGUGGGUGUUGCCACUGCCUCCCUUCUGCCACCAGGUCUGCUGGAGGCCCGCGUGGAGCUGCCCCUCCUGGGCAUUGCUGUUGGUGCAGCCCUGGCACUGGGUGCCCUGCUCAGCCUGGGUUCCUGCGCUGCCUGCCUGGCAUGCCACCGGGACAAGCCAGCACCGGGUGAGGGGCAAGUGGGAGGGAGCAGCCCACUUGGCCAGUGUUCCCACUGCAGCAGCUCCAAGCACCCGCUGCCGCCGGGCACACGCCUGCCCCGCCAGACCCGGUCCCUGCCACCCGAUCUGCGCCUUGGCGACCUCGCAGAGGAGCCUGGAGGCUUUGUCCAGCUCCCAACGUCUGGGCGCAUCUACAAAAUGCCCAGCACGAGCAGUGAGGAGAUCUGGCUGUGA